AUGAAGAAGAAAAAGAAGAGUUGGAGCAAACCUGUCGGGAGUCGGGACUUCUUCGGGAAAGAGACGAGACUUCUUCAGGAGCUGCUCCAGUCUUGUUUAGGCAAAUGUAGGGUUUCGAUUGUUUAUUGCUCAUGUUUCUUGGAUGUGAUAGUGCAGAUACAAACGGCAGCACAAACUGCCCGUGUGAAUCGUAACAUUUGGGUGGAGAAUGCAGAUCGUUUGGUUGCUGGUUUUCUUGAGAUGUUUGAAGAAGGUUGUCAUAAAAUGGGAACUGCCAUUAGAGAUCGAAUUCAAGAACAAAUAAUGGCAACGGGAGGAUUAUAUUGCAGGUUUCCAAUCUCAAAGAUUUCCUGGUUCUCAGUGGGCUAUGUCGUAUUUGUAUUUGAUGAGUAA